UAAAUGUCAAAAAAAAAAUACAGUAGUCAGUUGCUGUUAGAAAUAUUUUACUUGUUACCUGCUAAAUCACAAAAAUGAUAAAAGUUCUCGGUUUCCUAAUUCUUUCUUCAUUAUGUUUUGCAAAUGGAGGAAAGGAUGGCGACAUUGCUGGAGGAAAAAAAAAUCUGUCUCAAGAAGAUAUUAAAGAGCUUGUGUCAGCAAAUGGAGAUUUCUCGAAAGGCUUAGGCAUUGCUACUGAAAUGAUAAAUAACGGAACAAAAAAACACAGUAAAAAAACACAUAGGUAUCAUAGACUAGUAAUACAAAAGAUUGUUAAUGCUACAUCACAAGUUGUUGCUGGUAUAAAGUACGACGUUGAUGUUAAGAUGGAAGAAUCUGAUUGCAAAAACACAAAACAAAACGAGCACAAAAAAAAAUCUGUUUGCAAAGUAAAAAAAAAUUGUAACGUAAAAAUUUGGAGUCGUCCUUGGAUUGCCGCACCCAGCAAUUUAAACGUGACUGUUAGCUGUGAAGAACAUAAAUAAAUUUGUUGUUACUAAAACUCAGAAUUACAA